AUGGUCUUCUACGGCGGCUUCUCGAAAGGAUGUAUAACCUGCCUGAAGAGGAGGGUCAAAUGUGAUGAAGCUAAGCCAACCUGUAAUCGGUGCGCCAAAUCGAAGAGGGAGUGCCUCGGAUAUCGCGAUGAACAAGCACUGGCUUUUCGGGACGAAGGUAGAGCAGCAGCAGGUAGUGUUCCGAGAUGGCGCAACAAAGUCCGACAUCAGAACAGUGAUCAGACUCGCUACAUUCGGCGAUUCACUGAUGCGGUCCUGGAUACGUCAAUCCAUUCGGACGCUGCGCUUUGUGGCAUCCCUACGGUCGCUAUCGUCUACGCUCUCCGAGCCGAGCCAGGUUCUUCUCUGUCGCAUGCCAAGGAAGCUCUCAACACGGCCAUGAUGGCCGCACGUGAUCCAAAGAACAAGGACUUGAGAGAGUCUUCCCAUCUGCGCUAUGGCAAGGCUAUUACAUCCCUGGCUAGUGAUACGAAGGCCAAUUAUGAGUCGCAUGACAUCUUGAUCUGCAUCCUUCUACUGGUCCUUGCUGGUGCUACAAUGGAAACUGGACCAAAGCUCGCCUGGUGGGCUAUGCAUAGUUGGGCGUCGGAGGCUAUUGCUCGCUCGAUGGGUCGGGAGAUGGGAAAGGAUAAGCAGUCGAUACAAAUCUUGCUCUGUAUACGAUCGCAGAUGCUGCUACGACAUUCGACUCGACCGGAGCGCUUCGUCGACAUCGUCAAUGAUGAAAAUCCCAACUUGCUGUCCUGGUCGGACAUACCCGAGGAGUUCCACAACAAUCCAGCCUUCACGCUGCAGAGAUUGUUGACCCCAGUGCCAGGCAUACGUUGGGAUUUCGAACACUUUAUGGACGAGCCUUACGCCGAUACAGACAUGCUACAAGGGUUUGAUCUCAUCGCACGAUGUCGGAGAGUGGACCAGGCGCUGUCUCACUGGCAUGAGUUUCUCCCACCAGAUUGGCAACCGAUAUACGUCGAUCAUAAACCGACAGCGAUCCCAGAGGAUGAUGACCUGAGGACCAUCAUGGCGUGGGCGGCUGGUGAGAGGAUAUGUAUCUAUCGCGAUCAAUGGGUGCUCUUCCACCAGUCUACCUUGAUGAUCUACAGAUACUUCCUUCAGGCUUUCAUCUUGAGCGUGGGAGCACGAAUGCUGGGCUGUACAGUACAUGAUAUUGCGAACGAUGAGAUCGAUAAGAGAGAGCCGCUGUACUCGAUGCUAGUACAGGCAAAGGAGGCGAUCCUGGGGCUGCUAGAUCGAUCAUGUCGGUCUGUGUAUCAUCACCUUGGCUUGUCGCCAAUCCAAAUCGGCACGAGUACAAUCAAGUCACCCAUGGAUUUGAAGCCUCCAGUCUUUGCGCCAAUCAUCCUGAUGAAGCUGUUGUGGCAAUCCAAUUCAGUCAUCAUUGGUGAUGAUAGACAUCGAAAGAUGGUAAAAGCAUCGUUGAGGUUUCUUGGCGAGCACUUCGGGACGAAGUUCUGCUGUCACUUGGGCAGUAACGAUGAAUGGUGCGAGACGCCGCUGUUCUCGAUCGAUCCUGCAAACUAUGCCAUUCGCCGGAAGGCAGCCGAGGUUCCGGGUUUGUCAGAGACCUUUGCGAAGGUCGACGUGGCGUCCUGA